GCUACAUAGACAGAUUUCUGCAAUAAUGGUGUCAGCGGGACCCAAGAUGGCGUCGGUGUGUCUGGCACUGACUCUGUUUGUGUCCGGCACUCUAGCGUCAUGUCGUCCUGACUCCGUCAUCGACAUGUCACACCCACUUGACAGCCACGCCCUCUUGUGGCCAGGGGAUGACGCUGCUUUCAACUUCACAAUCCUCACCCGCGGGCAGACACCCGAGGGCUUUUGGCUGGAGUUAAACAAGUUCACAACACCCGAGCAUGUGGGCACCCACCUAGACGCACCGUCCCACUUUAGUGAGGGUCACUGGCGUGUGGACCAGAUCCCCCCGGCUCGUCUGGUGGGGCCGGGCAUCGUGGUGGACGCCCGACCCCAGGUGGCCAACAACCCUGACUACAGGCUCACUGUUGCAGAUUUGACCCGCUGGGAGGAGCUACAUGGGCGUAUCCCGGACCGUGCCAUCGUCUUCAUGUGGACGGGCUGGGACACCCGCUACCCCGACCCCUUCGCCACCUUCAACACCCCCACCCCACAGAACAGCUCCACCUUCCAUUUUCCAGGCUACCACCCUGACGCGGUCCGCUGGCUACUAGAUGACCGUGACCUUGGCAUGCUGGCCAUCGACACACCGUCUAACGACUACGGGCAGACGCGCGUGUUUGACGUGCAUCAGAUGAUUGGCCGCGCUAACGUCAUGGGGCUAGAGAACGUCAACAGGAUCGGCCAACUUCCGGUCAGGGGCGCCACCAUCGUGGUGGCCCCGGUCAAGCUGACCGACGGCAGUGGCGGGCCAGUCAGGAUCCUGGCCAUGCAGUGUGGUAGUGGCAACACUGGCAGUCGUCUGCUUCCAUUCUGGCACAUCUGGUAGUGUGUGUGUCUGUG